UCUAUAGGCGGGGCCUAACGUGGCGGCGGCGCAGCGCUGCGAUGGCGGUGAGCCGUGCGCUCGCUGUUCGCUUGGCCUACUCGGCAGCCGGAGCCUUGAUGGGUUUCUCGGCCUUUUUUACAUGGAGCCUGGCACCCAAAUUCCGACAACCAGCCACGGCAGCAGCCGGGGGGCUCUCGGCAGGUGUUCUGGCGCUCUGGGCCCUAAUCACGCAUGUGAUGUAUGUGCAGGAUUACUGGAGGACCUGGUUAAAAGGGCUGAGGUUCUUCCUCUUCAUCGGGAUCCUCUUCUCAGCUCUCUCCAUGGUGGGAUUCUGCACAUUCCUCGUCCUGGCCAUCACCCAGCAUCAGUCCCUGACUGAUCCCAGAAGCUUUUACCUGUCGUGUGUCUGGAGCUUCAUCUCUCUGAAAUGGGCUUUCCUGCUCAGCCUCUAUUCCUACCGGUACAGGAAUGAGUUUGCAGACAUCAGUAUCCUCAGUGACUUCUAACAGCUGGGACUUAUUGCUCCUGUCUGAAAGGUGCUGGAUGUCUGAGCUGCCCCCCAGCGGUACGUGCAAGAAGCAUUAGAGGAGGCAGAGAAGGAAACCACCCAGUGCUGCUCGGUUUGUCUGUCUGCAAUAAGGGGUUUUUUAUUUGUUUCCUAAUUGCUUUUACUCAACCAUUUAAAGUUUGGCUCACGCUCUCAAUCUGUUCCUUCUGUCACAUCCCUGUGCCUGGCAGUGAGCUGAAAGGCACCAUCUGCUCACAGACAGCAGGCCUGCACCCACACCCUCAUUGCCCCGAGGUCUAUGGGGUUCAUGUGGGUCAGAAGCCCCCAAUGUGGAGGGGCUGUAAUGCCUUCAGGAUGCAGCCCCUGAGGGUGUGCAUAGCAAACAACCCUGCUGUGUGCAAGCCAAACCCUACAACCAAACUCCUUGCACUGCUCUGCCCCAUGGAGAGGAAGGGAAGGGAAGCCCUGGGUACCCCCAGCACCCCACAUCUCCCACAGUGUGGUACAGCUGAGAUCAAGGAGCAUCUUGAUACAGCAGAGCAGUGGGCAGCUGGGCCAGGGGGGGCGGCUGGGAGUCACUAAAGCCAGACCCCACUAAAGCCAGACCCCACUAAGGCCAGACCCCACUAAAGCCAGACCUCACUAAAGCCAGACAAAGUCCACGUGAGUGGAACACACUUAGGAGCUUCAGUGCUCAGCCUUUUAAAUACUAACCCCCCCCCUUCCUGCUGGCAGCAAUGGCAGGAGGUGCAGUGCUGAUCCCUGCUGACCACCGUGGAGUCUGCAAGUGCUUUUACACUGGCUGUCCUAACCCAUCUCCUACACAACACUGCCCUUGGGUUUGCUGCUUGGCUGCUGUUCCCAGCCCUAUAAGCUGCUGCUGGUCCCUUCCCAUCACCGAGUGACAUCACAGCAAGGCCCAGCAUCCAAAACUCCCAUCACUUUUACCCCCCUGGAGGUUUUUAAACGUUAUUUCUGUGAUGAUUUACCCACAGAAAAGCUCACUGAACCCCUUGUUUUAUUCCCCCCCCACCCCCUGGCAUCUUUUAGCUCUGGACUUUAUACUCCAAUCUCAGCUUUUUAAAAGAUGGUGGAUGUAAAUAUAUAAUAUAUAUAUAUAUAUUUUUACAUUGUGCUUUGGUUGCACGCUUGGUGUAAGGCCUGGCCCUGCAGCGGGGUGGUGAUCGACAGCAGAGCUCGUCUGUGUGUAUCCCAGCAUCUCCUUGUACUAAACCACACUGUAACUCCUAUGUGAUGCCACAAUAAGAGCAGAAAUACAGUCAAUUUCUCACCGUA